GGGUCUUUGUGUUGUUCAGAUCAGAAUCGGAGUUGCUUCUUAGUUCAGCUUAUCAAGUGCCGACUAGGACUAAUCCUUGGCCCCUUGAUUGCCUAGUCUUUUCCCGAUAUAAGUCCACUCCAACCGAGGCCUUCCUCGAGACGGGAUUCGACAACAUGGCGUCCGCAUACGUGCCCAUUACGGAAGUCCCUACUGUUUCUCUGUUGUACAAGCUGGGUCGUCUGAUUCCAGUCUCUGACCCCAUAUCACAGCCAUCAAGAACAUUCAAUGACAUCAUCUCCCUUAUACGUAAUGACAUAACCAAACUGCAAGGCGUCGAUUGCAUUGUCAAUGCCGCAAAUAGAUCCCUCCUUGGAGGUGGCGGUGUGGACGGUGCUAUCCAUCGCGCGGCCGGCCCCAGUCUCCUACAGGAGUGCCGAGAGUUAGAUGGUUGCAGAACCGGCGACGUAAAGAUAACAUCGGCUUACAAUCUCCCGUGCAAGAGGGUCAUCCACACCGUCGGGCCUAUCUACCAGUACGAAUUACGUGGGGGGGAUGAUCGACCGGAGGCUUUGCUACGGAGCUGCUACCGACGGAGCCUCGAGCUUGCCGUGGAGAACGAUAUGAAGAGCAUCGCAUUCUCGGCAAUCAGCACCGGCGUGUACGGCUACCCUAGCCACGAAGCUGCUCAGGCUGCUCUCGACGAGACUCGAAUGUUCCUAGAGAACCCGAACAAUAUUGGAAAAUUGGAAAGGAUCAUAUUCUGUAACUUUGAACGUAAGGAUGAGAUUGCGUAUGAGGAGUCGAUCCCCUCGUUCUUUCCUCCGGUGGAGCAGGAUAUCCCGAGCAGCAGUGGUCAGAAAGUUGAAUCUCAAUCAACCGCGGACGGUGAGUCUUCGCCGUCGCUAGACUUGCUCGCAGCCAAGCUCCCUGACCCGCCUACCGUGGACCCCACCUUGGACGGCCAGCCGGGAGGCAAGAAACAGAAGGUUAACACAACGGACGGACAGAGCAAUAAGUUCCACACAGAGGAUAGGAGCGAGGAUGACUGGGAGGAAGUCGAUAAGUCGGAGGACGGCCGGACUGAGAGACUUGAUGAUGAACCUGUUGAGGUCAACAGACCACCCUCUGCGGCAGACGUUCAGAGUGUCCAAUCCAGUGGCAUAAUCGACAUGACCGAUUCUCAGUCAACAGGAAGCUUAUUGGGAAAGGACUGGUAACUGUGACCAAUGCUUCCUGAACGUUUAUGAACGAAUGCUUGUGAUGAAUUGGCGUUGGAUGCAUACGUACUUAGUUUGAAAUGGACGGCGUUACUUCUUUCCUCUCUGCUGCAAAUGAGUUCGAUACAAUACUUUUGAUGGAGCAUCUUGUCCGUCACGCUUCCACUUUUUACCCCAUUAUUAACAUUUUCUUGACUCCGCAAGAAUGUGGAAAUCGUUCUUCCAUUGUCUACCUCUUGUGUUUCUCAGUAUAGCUUCCUAUCCUUCCUUGUACCUCAGCAGAGCGAAGUUCAUAUUACUCUUCUUCUGAUAUAAUCCCCACAUCUUCAGUCUUAAUCUAAACUGUCCUUUUACGAAAGGCCAAGACAUACCAUAUAUCGGACUAUACAAACAGAAACACAGGCCAUCCGAAGAUCGGGCUAUCUGGCCAUUCCUUAUGAUAUCGUUGAUCCUUCCCAGCGCGGCCUUUUAUCUCUUCUCCAUUGCAUACCUACAGCUCCUCGAGAGCCCAGCCGUGAAACCACUCUUCAUAUCUUGAGUGAAACUCAGUCAUUGGACCACCUCUAGCUAUCUCCCGUUCAAAUGAACUCCAUUACACUGUCGAGAACUUACUGAAACUUUACCACCCUUACCCAAUAUCUGGUCAAACUUCUCCCAAGAAACACCCUAUCUUGCCCUUUACCCCCGAUAAAGCAUCUGCUGGAAAGACCUACGCAGCCUCCCG